CAUAUGCUUGUGACAUAUGUGGACGCGGAUUCACCCGACUGUUCUCUAUGAACCGGCACCGUGCGGUUCAUACCGGCCAGCUGCCGUUCAAAUGUGACAUUUGCGGUAGACAAUUUCAGGCUCAAUAUUCAUUGAGGGUCCAUUUGGUGCGUUAUGAAGGUAUGAAAGUGUUCGAGUGUGAGCUUUGUCACGUAAAAUUCCACGCUCUUUUGCCGUACAAACGGCACGUGAAAUCGCACCAGGCUGAACCACCACCACCGGUGGAGGGAAGCGAGGAAAAUGUUGAUAUCCUCAAGUGUGAAACUUGCGAUAGACCGUUUGUCGGCGAAGAUUCGCUCAACAAGCACAUCCGCCGAGCGCAUAAUUCGCGCGAAAAGCCCUAUAAGUGUGACAUAUGCGGGAGCACGUUCGGUAGAUUAUUUUCCAUGCAACGGCACCGGAUGCAUCAUACCGAAGAUGAACCGUACAAGUGUGAAAUUUGUGAUAAGAAGUUUGAUGCGAGAUACAAGUAUGACUACCAUAUGCUGGAUCAUGCUAACAUGAAAGUGUUCAAGUGUGAGCCAUGCGGCGAGGAAUUCCCGGCUGCUCACCAGUACAGAAAGCACAUUCGAUGGCACGAAACUAAGCAUUCCGCUGAGCAGACUCAGCUCAAAGACAGACGUUUCAAGUGCAGGCUUUGCGAUGAAACCUUUAGCAAUUCGUACUCGCGCAAAAAGCACAUCCACGAUUCGCACCCAUCCGAGUCUUUUACUCACGAGAAGAUCCACUACUGUGACAUCUGCGGUAAAUCUUUUACUAGAUUAUAUUCUAUGCAGAGACACCGUAGGCUUCAUUCCAGAGAUCCCAUCCGACCGUAUAACUGUGAUGUCUGCAACAGACGGUUUGAUACCGAAGAUAGUUUGAAAUUACACUCGCAAAGUCACGGUAAGCAACUGUUCAAGUGUGACCUCUGCGAUGAGGAAUUCCACGCUGCUUACCGGUACAAGAAGCACAUGCUGUGCCACGAAAAUGGUCUACCGCCGACAGAGGUCAACGACAGAAUUUUCAAGUGCAGGUUUUGUGAUGAAUUGCUUAGCAGUGCAGCCUUGCGCAAACAGCACGUUCACGAUGCGCACCCAACCGAGAGUGUUACUCGCGAGAAGUUGCAAGAGUGUGACAUUUGUGGUAGAUCUUUCACUAGACUGUCUUCCAUGCAGAGACACCGCGAGCUUCACCUACCCCGACUGUAUAAAUGUGACCAAUGUGACAAGAGGUUUGAUACCGAAGAUAGCUUGAAACAUCACUCGCAAAGUCAUCCCGAGAAAGUGUUCAAAUGUGACAUCUGCGAGGAGGAACUUCCCACUCCUGAGCAGUGCAGACUGCACAUUCAAUCGCACAAAGUUAAACCACCAAGAAGUGGGCAGGAGGGCGGCGAGAACAAACUUUUUAAAUGCUGGUUUUGUGACGAAGAGUUGAGGAGUGCAUACCAGCGUAGACGGCACAUCCGGAAAGUGCACUUCGCCGAGUGUGCUGCUCAGGAGAAGAUGUACAUGUGUGACAUUUGCGGCAAGUCUUUGUCUACAAUGUUUUCGAUGCAGAGACACCGCGAGAAGCAUACCAGAGAUCAACCCUCGGAACAAGCACCGGUGGAGUCUGCAGCAACCGACGGGACCAGGCACAAAUGUGAUACUUGCGGGAGCACCUACAGUAAAUUGCAUUCUCUGCAGAGACACCAAAUAAUUCAUACCGGCGAACUACCGUAUGAAUGUGAUGUUUGCGGCAAGAAGUUUGAUGCCAAAUAUAAAUUAAAGUACCAUAGGCUGCUGCAUCCUGAAGUGAACCGAUUGAAGUGUAGUCUCUGUGACCAAGAGUUCUUCGAUGGGCGCCUUUAUAAGCGACACAUUCAAGCGCAUAAAACCGGAAUGCCACUUAUAGAACGAUCGGAGGACGGACUGUUCAGGUGCGACAUUUGCGGUUGCAAUUUUGGUACAAGUUUUGCUGCGAGGAGACAUCGUUUGAUUCACACAGGGGAGCUGAAGUACAAGUGUGACAUUUGUGAAAAGAAAUUUUUCGCUAAAUGCGAUCUGAAAUACCACAUGCGGCGUCAUCCAAGCAUGAAACAAUACAAGUGUCAUCUCUGCAACGAAGAAAUCUAUGGCGCCUACCUGUACAAGCAUCACAUUCGAUCGCACGAUAAAGGACAGCUGGUAAAGGACGAUAGCGGACUGUACAAGUGCAACAUUUGCGGUAGCGAUUUCACUACACUGUACUCCGUGAGGAGACAUCGCAUGAUCCACACCGGCGAGAAACCGCACAAGUGUGAAAUUUGCGACAAGAAAUUUAUUGCUAAAUACGAACUUACCUACCACAUGCACCGUCAUUCUAAUGCCAAACCGUUCAAAUGCCAUCUCUGCGACAAGCAGUUCAGAACCUCCUACCGCCACAAGUGGCACCUUCGAACACACGAAAACGGCCUUCCGGUUCACAAGUGCACUAUUUGUGACGAAAAGUUCCACUCGGUCUAUAUGCAAAGACGGCACAUCCGAUCGCAUUCGAAUUUGGCGAAGCCGUCCGUGAGCAGAAAGAAACAGGAGCACCCGUGCGAUAUUUGUGGUAGCUCUUUCACUACGCAGUUUUCUUUGCAGAGGCAUCGCGUUAGGCAUACCGGAUGCCUACAGUACCAAUGUGAUAUCUGUGGUGAUUCUUUCAACGCCAAAUACGAACUUAGGCUGCACUGGCAAUCGCAUUCCGACCAAAGCUUUUUCUGGUGUACUUUCUGUGAUAGGCGCUUCAAAACUCCCCAAAAGCUUCGGUGGCACAUUCGAUCGUCGCACGCUGAGCAACUAUCGGUUACGCGUAGCGGGGAAAGCAAGCGGUCGGCAUGCGACGUGUGCGGGAAAAUAUUCUGCUCGGCGUUUUCUAUGAGAAGACACCGGAUGAUGCAUGUGCUUCGUGAUGACGGUGCUAAGAGUGAGGAUAUUCCUGCGAGUGUUGGGGGAGCACAGUAAAAGGUCAUAGUAGAACCUCGUGUAUAUUAGGUUCAACAUCACAUAAUCCAA